AUGCCCGAAUUCGUCGAAUUCAUUGAAAAACAAAACCCCAAAGAGCAUGUUUCAAGGUGGCAGCAGUCCACAAAAACCGGAACGCGACAGUUGGCAGCUACCGCUUUUGAAAACGCCCCUACGCGGGAAAAUCGCGCGGACGGGACUUUCGCAGCUGGCGUCGCGUCUCCCCCAUUCUCAUUUUGUGCGCUCAAUCCGAGAAUGUCAGCUGAUGCAGGAAAGAACAAUGAAGAACGAAUGGAUGUGACUGAGGCCAAACAAGAACCAGUUGAAGAUGUGAAAAUGGAGGAUGGAGAUCAUGCAGAGGAUGAAAUGGAAGCUGAGGAAGGAGUACUCGCCUACCUACCCUUGACCUUUUCUCAACAACAAACUGUUGAGUCUAGUCUGGCCGAUGCGAUUUUGCAAAGGUCGAGUAUGAUGUUUGGUGGCGUUGAGGGUAGCAAUCGAUUCAAGGAUUGUUGGAAACUUGUUUUGGUUGCAAGUGCUCAACGUAUUCUUUAG